AUGUGGUUCGCCAGCCUGCGUGCUUGCCUGAUGCUGUGGGGGUUAUGGGACUCUGGCCCCGAUCCCGACCAUCCCUUCCUGCCCCCAGACCUGAACUUGACCCAGAUAACCCCGAUUUUCCAGGAUUUUAUGACACGGUUCAACAAAACCUACUGGAGUCAAGAAGAGAGAGACCAUCGCUUCAAAGUCUUCAUGCAAAACCUGAAAGUGAGCUGUGAAUUACAGGCCUCAGAGUUGGGGACGGCCCAAUAUGGGGUUACUUGGCUCAGUGACCUGACAGAAAGUGAAUUUGAGAAGAUGUUUGGGAUUCCUCACCCUUCUUACCCCCCCACAUUGAAUCAGCCAAGGAAACCCCUCAAGAAGAAUGCAAAUUCCUGUGACUGGAGAAAACUUGGAGCCAUCACAGCGGUAAAAAAACAGAAGAAUUGCGGGUCAUGCUGGGCUUUUGCUGCUGUAUCCAACAUUGAGGCCUUGUGGAACAUUCAUUUCCAUUCGCCGCGAAACCUCUCUGUACAAGAGGUUGUCGAUUGCACGAGAUGUGGACAUGGCUGUGAGGGGGGUUAUGUGUGGGACGCCUUCCAGGUGGUCCUCAAUCACAGUGGACUGACAAAAGAUGAACGCUACCCUUACGUGGACAAACAGCAGCGGUGCAGAAAGGACCGAGGAAAACCAGUUGCCUGGAUCCAGGAUUAUGAAUUCCUGCCCAGGGAUGAGAAGUAUGUAGCCCAUGUUGUUGCUUCCAGAGGUCCAGUAACAGCUGUCCUCAAUGCCAGAUCACUUCAGCACUACCAAAAAGGCAUUAUACGGAGACCUUCUCAGGCUUGCAGCCCCAAACAAGUGAACCAUGCUGUGCUCAUUGUGGGCUAUGGUGAAGUUAAAUCAAGGCGUGGAUCCUGGUCUGGACCAUACUGGAUCAUUCAGAACUCGUGGGGAGAGUCCUGGGGAGAAAAGGGGUAUUUUCGGCUGCACCGGGGAACCAACACUUGCGGCAUUGCCAAGUACCCAGUGACUGCAAUUAUCGAGAAUGCUGGGAUGAGAUCGCCUGCCUCCUGCCCUCCUUAA